AUGAGCUUCCAUAUUUUGAUCAGUCCGGAUGGAAUCCCCCCCUAUCUCCCCAAUCAAGGCGAUGCGAUGCAAGAAUUUGAGAGCGAUUCUAUGUUUGGGGAUUACCAGGAGGCUGCGGUAGGCGAUCUGUCUUCAAAGUCUCACCAUCCCUUCCAACAAACGAGUCAUACCAACGAUGCUAUGGAAGGCGAUUCAUCUUCGGAGGCAAGCCAUUGUUUCCAGCCGCAAAGAACAUCCAGUCAGUUCGAAAUGCCUGCCUUUCCCUCAGCCCACGUCGAAUCGGAUUUUUGCCAAAAUUCUACCACCAUGGAAAACAAGGAAACUUCCAAUUCGCUCCUCAUGAUGGGUAGCAAAUUUGAUUUCAUGUCAUCUAAGUUCGAUUCAUUACUAGCCAAAGUCGAUUCGUUUUCAGCCCAAGUUGAUGAUGCGCGGAAGGAUUUUCAAACAAUGCAGCGAAGCGCUGCGGAACUGCUCAAUUGGUAUCAUCAAGCCAUUGAACGUGAGAAACAGGCCUUGGAAAAGAUACAUGAGCUAAUUUCUUUGGCUCGAGCUUAA